AUGGAUUCUGAAUUAAUGCAUAGUAUAGUAGGAAGUUAUCUUAAACCUCCAGAAAGAGUGUUGGUUCCAUCAUUCACCCAACAGGAAUCAUCUCAGAAUUGCCACCCUCUGAACUCAGAAGUUACCUCUCCUAAAAUGCUUCAUAACCCAAAUAGCCAAGCUCUUAUUUUCGCCUUAAAACCUCUUCAGGCAAAGAGUCAUCAUUUAGAGCUAGAGAGAACACGAGCUGAAGAUAACCUGAACAUUCUUUUCAAAGAAGCAGCACAGUAUAAAAAGGCCUUGGAGAUUGAAACAAAUGAGAGAAAUCUGGCCCAUGAGGAACUGAUAAAACAGAAAAAAGAUAUAAGUAUACACUUAAGCUCAGCCCCGUCUCAUUGUGCUCUUCUAGAGAAGCAACUAGAAUGUCCAAAGAGAAUGGUUCUCAAUGCAGAGCAAGAAAAGAAUAUGAUCCUAGAACAACAGGCCCAACUUCAAAGGGAAAAAGGACAAGAUCACAUGAAGCUUCAUGAAAAACUUGAAAAGCUUGAUGUCUUAGAAAAAGAGUGUUUGAGACGGACAACAACUCAGAAAACUGCUGAGAACAAGAUUAAACAUUUAGAGGAAAAACCUAAGGAAGAAGAAUAUCAGCAUAAACUAUUUCAAAGUAAAGCUUCUGAGCUUCAUACUGGACUUGAAAUAAGUAAAAUUUUAAUGUCUUCAGUUUCAAAUCCAAAACACUCCAAAGAAAAGAAGAAAUCUUCAAAGAAAACUAAAUGCUUAAAUAGAGGACCACCUCAGCAAAUUUAUCCAAAGUUUGGAGCCCUGCCUUUUGUUGCUGAAAAGUUUGCCAGUGCAGGCUGUUCUGGGAAUGCAAGUAGGCAAAGCCUUGUGCAGAUGACACAACAUCGUGGCUCACAUAUUCUUCAGAAGCCUGAACUGACUGAGCCUAGAUGUCUCUAUAAGCCUCCUGGGACAACUUCCCAGUUUAAAGCUGUACCUCCUGACUCAAAAGUGUCCAUUUCCAUUUGUGACAAUUUGUCUGAACUUCGGAUGGCAAUGCAAGAUGAGCUGGACCAAAUGAGUGUAGAGCAUCAAGAACUACUGAAACAAAUGAAGGAAAUCGAAAGCCAUGCAGUCUACGAUGACAUAGAAUGUGAACUAGAGAGUUUAGUCAAGAAAAUGGAAAUUAAAGGAGAACAAAUUUCCAAACUGAAGAAGCAUCAAGUCAGUGUCCAUAAACUGCAGCAAAAAAUUCAAAACUCAAAGAUGAGUGAAGCUUCAGGUAUUCAGCAAGAAGAGAGCAACCCUAAAGGAUCAAAGAACAUAAAAAAUAGCCCCAGAAAAUGUUUGAAUGAAACUAACCCUCUUCAGAAAAACAGUGACUUUCAUCCAAUACAAGUUCAUAAAUUAAUGCCUAAUGGCAUUAACAGAAUGUACUGA